UUCACUUCGAUCGUUUUUCUGCUGAGAGGAUGAAAAGUUUCAGAAUGUCUUUGAUUAUCCUGCUUCAGUUGUAUCUAAUAUUUUCUGAGUAUCUCAGUGGAUGCUGCUUGGACACUGUUUGGCAGCUUCCAGUACCGAGCAUCAGUAAUCUGCAGGCUAACAGGGGCAAGCAAAGCCUUGUGGUGAGCUGGCUGGUAAACCACAGCGGCAUAGUGGGUGAAAUUAAUGAGAUCCAGAUCAGCCGUACUGAAAGCCACAUCAUUAUUUACAAUAAAAAUGUCAGUGCACCCUCUGCAGAUUCACACGAACACACAUGGACAUGGACUUCUGAUCUGCCUCUGGAGUGUGUGGAUCACUCGGUCAGGAUACGAUAUUUCUACAAUCAGACUGCCCCGAGUCCCUGGAGCAAAUGGGUAACUAACUGUGGAUGUGAGGCAAAGGAUAAGACCAGGAUGUUCCCAUUCCAGCGGGUGCUGAGAGAAGGCACCAGUGCCAUGUUCUGCUGUGUUCCCCCCAGAGGAGUCAAUAUCACCAGCAUAGCCUUCAAAAAGAGCCAAUACCCUCUGAUCAGCAUCGGAGCCAGAGUCAAGGCUAUCUCUGUAGAAAACCUGACCAUCCCAACAACAGACAUUAACGCUCUGUUACUCAGUUGCGGUGACACAACAGGCGAGGAGUACUCCGUCUGGAACUAUGUCAGUUUUCCUGCCCAGAAGCCCAGAAACCUCAGCUGUGCGACCUCACAGCUGACAACUGUCACCUGCACCUGGGAUCCAGGCAGAUAUCGACAUCCACAUGAUCACAACAACCAAACCCGCACUCUUCACAUAGAGAACUCAGACCAGGCUCCCGUCAACUGCGAGCCGUCGUCUUGUACUUUUGCAGCCAUCCCUAACUUGGAACAAUACAACAUCAGAGUGGUGGUGAAGGACCAGCUGGGAGAGGAGACAGAGAGCCACAGCUUCAAUAUCUCUGACAGAGUGGUUCCAGUUGCGGAAUGGGACAGAGUGAGCCCUGGGGUGGCAGACACCACUGUGUCCUGGAUCAUCCAAGGUAACUUGACUGGUCUGAACCUCAUCUGUCAGGUCUCUGUAGACCCAGGCAGCACCACCGAGUUAAACUGCAAUAGUGCGAGUGGUCGCUGCAAAUUCAAACUGGAAGAUCUGCUCCCCAACACCCUCUACUCUACCAAGGUACGCUGCUCUGUCAACGGCAGGCUCUGGGGAAAAUGGACACAUGCCUUACCAUUCAAAACCUGUCCGUUUGUGACCUUAAACUUAUGGAGGAGAUUAAAGCAGACGUCUGAAAUCUACAGUCGUCAAGUGACUCUGUUGUGGACGCUGAAUGCUCCUGGCUCAGCAACCACUGAAACCGUCCAACGUUACACAGUCCAGUGGACGCAGGACGGCCAAAACAGGACUGAGAGGAAGGACGGUGCACAGACCCAGGCAGAGGUCCUCAUUGGUCCAGGACAGUGUGACUUCACUGUCCAGGCUGUCCUUCACACUUGCCCCCCCAUCAAUGCUCACAUCACCAUCCCAAAGUUAGAUGACAGAGAGAACCUCCAGGUAGAGAGGCGGCUGAGCAGCAGCCCAGCUGGUGGUUUCAAUCUGUCCUGGCCUGAGCUGAACACUGCCACUUGUGCUUAUACAGUGGAGUGGUGCAAUCAGGGAAAUGCGGUGCCUUGUACUCUGCGGUGGAUAAAGAUGCAAAAGGGAAACCACACAUUACUCCUACCUGCUAGCAAUUUCAAAGCAGGUCGUAGGUACACAUUUAAUAUCUAUGGAUGCACAGAAAAUGGACACAGACUACUGGAGGUACAGACUGGAUACUCACAAGAGCUUCAAGCCGUACACCAACCGAGUGUGGUUAAACCUGUUCAGAGUACUCCCUCAUCUGUGACACUGGAGUGGCAUUACAAUGAGGAUGAUCCUGCUCAUCCGGCAUUCAUCACUGGUUACCUGGUUACUGUACAGGAAGUAGGAUCUAAUACGCGGCCAGGUCAUAUUGCAAAUAUGUUGGUGGAAGACCCUCGGAAGAAGUCUGUAAUCAUAGAGGAUCUGAAGCAGGGCCAUGAGUACAGGUUCUCUGUGAGCGCUCUCACCAAGGUGGGGCCUGGAAUACCAGGCAUGAUCCCCUUCAGGACCAGAACCAACUACUCUGCUCACCUGGCCAAGAUACUGACCCCGAUCCUGUUACUGCUGGGCUGCACCAUCCUCCUAUGGCCUCAGAGAAAGAUGCUGAAGAGAGGGCUGAAGGAUAUAUUUGUUUAUCCUGCUGGAAUGAACAUCAAAUCCUUUGAGAUAGACGGCUUCCUGCAUGAGGCUGGUGAAAGGGUGCAGUCUCACAAAGUGGAGGAGUGCAUUAGCUGUGACAUUGAGAUACUUAACACCCGCCCUCUUCUGACUGAAGCAACCACACUGAGAGAUCCUGAACCCCUGAACACACUGUGCUCUCCUGGUUCCCAGUCCUCUCCUUCAUCCUUGUCAGAGCCACACAAAGGCUACUGUCCGCAGUCAGCAGAACUGCUCAGCGAGAGACCAGCUCCUCAGCAAAUAACAUGCAUCACAAACAAGAGCUACUUUCACACCACGGUGGAGGAUUUCUCUGAGCCACAAGAAGUCACAAACAGUGAAAUCAAAUCAACCUCUGAACCUUCUGAUUGUCUGCAGGAAUCAUGUAGUGUUGUAUCUGGUUAUAUCUCCAAUGAUACUUCAUGAAGUCAAAGACCAAGCCAAAAACUUCUAUGUCAUUUAUUUCAUGACUGUAUUUCAGUAGUCUGAAUACUGUGAAUAGAUGCUUGGUGAUUGUUUGAUGGACAUCUGCAGCUUUCUAAUGUAAGUAAACAACGCCGUGUUUUCUCUGCUGCAGUAGAGUAUUAAAAUGAACCUGCAGGUGCUGUUACACGUGAAAGCAAGGGCACAGGUUUGGUCUCAACCUUGGUAGGGACAACCUCGCCACCCCUCCAAAAAUAAAGAGAUUUCUUAUAUUAACAUAUAAGAUCUAGAUUUACAAUCAGGAAUGCCCCUAUGCAAAUAUAAUAUAUGUACAUGCGUGCAUAUAUGAAAUAUAUGUACAUAUAUUUAUUUGAAGUAUA